AUGGCAAUCGACAUCCGAACAUUGGAAGAGAGGUACAUUAGUUCUUGCAGGAGGCACCAUGUCCUACCCAAUCCUGCAAUUCUGGCUGUUCUCUUCAAGGCCAAGAUUAAAAAAACUUGCCAUGAGCUGUGUAGCUUGGAGAUUUCAUUGGACCACCUUAAGGAGACUGAUUUCCCUCCACUUCUUGAUUUAUGUAUGGACCUUGAUGCAUCUGAGAUCGAAGCAGUUGACAUACACAAUGAAUCAUUGUAUGCUUUGGAUGGAAAUUAUGCUUUGUUGUUGAUGCACGCUAUCAAUCAAAAGCUUCGAGUUGUCGAUCUCCAUGAUUUGUCAUUUGGAAAGGAUUUCUUGAGGGAUCUUUCUCACAGGGGUUUAACAUGCCAAGUUUUAACCUUAAGGUCUUCGCAUUUUCGGAAGCUCAACAUGAUGGGGGAGUUCAUGCAGAUACAUACCCUUAACCUUGAUUUUAGUUCUUCACUCACUAGUUUUCAGGAGGAUUGUUUUACUUGCAUGCCCAAUCUUAUGUGCCUCUCUCUCUGUGAUACAAGAAUUUCAAAUCUCUGGACAACCUUUGCUGCACUUUCCAAACUCCCUUCUUUGGUUGAACUUCGAUUUCAGAACUGGUCGUGUUGCAAUGAUGUUGGGCCUUAUUCUGCAUCAUCCAGUGGGAAAUCAGAUGACAAAACUGAUUCCAAUCAGCCAAAUAGUGUUGAUUAUGGUGGACGAUUAUCCAUUAAUGUCGGGGAUGUAACAAAUCAGAACUCAAGCACCGAACAGGGGCUCAGGAAUUUGUUUUUAAUUAAUAAUGUGGUUAUAAAUGAUGAUGUACAAGGCAUGGCUGAGGAUUCAUCAGAUGAUAGUGACUUAGAUUUUUCGAAUCCCCUGCAAGAACAUGGUUCUGUGGAGCUAUUAUCAAAUGUUUUCGCCGGGGGGAAUAUACAGGUCAAUCCACAAAAUGAGGCUUCUUUUGAUAACUUACAGAAUCAAAACGAAGAAGAGCCCUUUGAAGGUGUCUUUACAAAGCAUAUUGGAGAUGUUGCGUUGACAUAUAUUUCUUAUCAUGCUUCGCCAAUAUGUUUCGAGAAACAUUAUAGAGAGUACAUGAUAGCCUCAUUACCUCAUUUGAGACUUUUAGAUAACUUGCCUAUUAGAAAGAUUGAUCAGGAAAGGGCUAUGAUUAAAUUCUCAGAGUAUUUUGAAAAUCUACCUUAUCGGAGAAAGCAUAAAGAGAAUGUUGUUCAUAUGUUACAGAAGCGUGAAAUUAGAGCAAGUCAAACUCAUGCGCAAAGUCAUGGGCAAAAAACAUCAAAUCUCUAUGGGAAGUCUCAAUACUUCUAUACCAGGUCUCUCUGUGCUGCAAAAAUGGGAUCUUCUGCUUGGCCUUUCUUGCAUCCGCUUUCUGUUUCAGGCAGUAACUUGGGAGGUGAAAGUAGGAGCUUUCGUCCUAGGCAGUUUGAGUAUCAUCCAUCUGACUCUAGCCUAAUGGUCUUUGGAACAUUAGAUGGUGAAGUAAUUGUAGUCAACCAUGAAAAUGGAAAAAUUGUUAGUUAUAUCCCAUCGCUAGGAGCAAUGAAUAGUGUGCUGGGACUCUGUUGGCUCAAGAAGUAUCCCUCUAAGCUAAUAGCUGGCUCGGAUAAUGGUUCAUUGAAAUUAUACGAUAUCCAUCAAAUGCAAUCAACUAUAGCAGGAAUAUACAGUGGUGCCGGUUCUGUGACCUUUGACGAUUUUGACCAAUUGACAUCUGUUCAUGUUAACUUCACGGAUGAACUAUUUCUUGCUAGUGGAUACUCGAGAGAUGUUGCUUUGUAUGACAUAAGUAGUGGAAGACGCUUGCAGGUGUUUACUGAUAUGCAUCAGGAGCAUAUUAAUGUAGUAAAGUUUGCAAACCAUUCCCCAUCUCUUUUUGCCACUUCUUCAUUUGAUCAGGAUGUCAAGAUGUGGGAUCUAAGACAGAAACCAAUACGGCCUUGCUAUACCUCUUCAAGCUCUAGGGGUAAUGUGAUGGUCUGCUUUUCUCCAGAUGAUCACUAUCUUCUUGUGUCAGCUGUUGACAAUGAGGUUAGACAACUUCUGGCAGUUGAUGGGAGACUUCACUUGAAUUUUGAGAUAGCCUCUACAGGAAGCUCUCAGAAUUACACUCGAUCCUAUUACAUGAAUGGAAGGGAUUAUAUCAUCAGUGGGAGUUGUGACGAGCAUGUAGUUCGCAUAUGUUGUGCUCAAACAGGGAGGCGCCUGAGGGAUAUAUCUUUGGAGGGAGGAGGAGGAUCUAGGAGUUCUAUGUUUGUGCAAUCUUUAAGGGGAGAUCCUUUCAGAGAAUUCAACAUGAGUAUCUUGGCAGCCUAUAUGCGUCCACGCUCGAGGUCUGAAAUUUUCAAGGUCAAUAUGCUAGCAUCUAGUGACUAUGCCAAGGAACACCUUGAUGGCGAGUGUCUGCAAAGAUACAAAAAAGCGAACAUCUCCGCCAGCAGUUGGGUCCAACAGCCGAGAUCAGUAAGUAGGUCUAAUGCCAAUCCAUGUUACCGCAUCCACUCUUCGUAUGCUCUCCCUUGCAGGGUUUCGGACCCACUUACUGACCCGAUUUGGAUUAACUGA